AUGAAACUCUUGUCAGCUUCUUCUAUCUUCAUCAUAUUCCUAGAGGUUCUAACCAUCAUCGGCAACACAUGCAGAGCCUCAACCCCACCAAAAUUCCCAGCCAUUCUAAUCUUUGGUGAUUCGACGGUGGAUACGGGUAAUAACAACUAUGUUGUCACCCUUUUCAGGGGGAACCAUUACCCAUAUGGUCAAGACUUUCCCAAUCAUGUUCCCACAGGGAGGUUUUCUAAUGGAAAACUCAUUCCUGACUCGGUGGCAAGCUUCCUAGGGAUCAAGGAGAAUGUUCCUCCCUAUCUAGAUCCAAACCUAUCGAAUGAUGAACUCCGCACCGGUGUUUGUUUUGCAUCGGCUGGAUCAGGGUACGAUGAUCUAACAAGUGCUGCAUCUGGGGUCAUCCCAGUGUCAAGGCAGAUUGAUUACUUCAGAAAUUAUAUUGAAAGACUUAAAGGGUUUGCAGGUGAAGCCGAAGCUAUGAAGAUAAUUAGUGGUUCUUUAGUCAUGAUUAGUGCGGGAACUAAUGACUUUGGUUUCAACUUCUAUGAUAUACCCACAAGGAGGCACCAGUUCAGCAUCAGUCAGUACCAGGAUUUUCUGCAGCAAAGAAUUCAAAAGUUUGUGCAGGAACUGUACCAGCUGGGAUUGCGUAUAAUGGUUAUAGCUGGGCUUCCUCCAAUUGGUUGUCUGCCCGUUCAAAUAACUGCAAAAUUUGGGAAUCCCCAUGAUAGAACAUGCUUGCAAGAACAGAAUUCAGAUGCUCAAUCUUACAAUCAGAAGCUCGCAAAACUGUUACCUAAGUUGCAGGAAUCACUUCCGGGAAGCAGAAUCGUCUAUGCGGACAUAUAUAAGCCGCUGAUCGACAUGAUCAACAAUCCACAAAAAUAUGGCUUUGUGGAAACAAACAGAGGGUGCUGUGGAACUGGGUUUGUGGAAGCGGGUCCACUAUGUAAUCACAAAUCUCUAAUGUGUGCAAAUGAUUCCCAAUUCUUGUUUUGGGACUGCAUUCAUCCGAGCCAAGCGGCAUACCAGUAUAUCCAAAAGUACCUAGAGGAUACAGUCCUUCCCGGCCUAACAAAUUAUCAGAGCCCUUGA